AUGUCCGACGCAAACACACUAAAAGAUCUAGGCAACAAGGCCUUUCAAGCCAAGGAUUACGACAAGGCCAUCCAACUGUUUUCACAAGCAAUCACCCUCGAUCCCUCCAAUCACGUCCUCUACUCCAAUCGCAGCGCUGCAAAAGCUGGCAAGAAGCUCUAUAGCGAUGCACUCGAAGACGCAGACAAGUAUCAACCCUACUUGGGGAAAGGGUUACGCGAGGAAGGGUGCUGCACUUCACUGGCUUGCGGAGAUAUCCUGAGGCCAUCGCCGCAUACUCCGAUGGUCCUCAAAUAUGAGGACAGCCCCGCACUACGCAAAGGUCUCCAGGAGGUCCAAGAUGCCCAGGCCAAGGAUGAUCGUGUUGCAGACUCUGGUCUGGCUAAGAUGUUCCAGGACCCUAAUCUCGUCAGCAAGCUUGCAGCCAACCCCAGAACACAGAAACACCUUACCGACCCAGCUUUUGUCCAAAAGCUGAACAUGAUGCAGCAAUAUCCCAAACUUGCCGAGACCGCACUCUGUUCGGACCCCCGCAUGAUCGACGUCCUCGGCGUAGCAAUGGGUAUCGACAUGCAAGGUUUCUCGCGCGAAGAAGGUUCAGACGAACUCCCUCCGGGCUUCCAACAUCAACCACCACCACCUUCCCGGUUUGGGUCGAACCCACCGCAAUCAUCGUCUCCCCCGCGAUCGUCGUCCUCAACAUCGAAGCCCGCACCUGAACCAGCGCCCGAACCACCAGCGGAAGAUGUCGAGAUGACAGAGGAAGAACAGGAAGAGGCUAAGGCUAAGGCUGAGGCGUUGGAGCUCAAGACAAAGGGCUCCGCUUCUUACAAGGAGAGGAGAUUCGACGAAGCUGCAAAGUGCUUCUCCAAAGCUUGGGACCUCUGGCCGAAGGAUGUUACCUUCCUCACCAACCUUGCUGCAGUUUACUUCGAGCAAGGAGACUAUGACAAGUGCAUUGAGUCGUGCGAGAAAGCCGUCGAGGAGGGCAGAUCGCUCCGUGCAGAUUUCAAGCUCCUCGCUAAAGCCCUUGGCCGUAUUGGUUCUGCAUACUCCCAGAAAGGCGACUUGCCCUCUGCUGUAAAGUACUUCCAAAAGUCUCUUUCCGAGCACCGAGACGCCGCCAUCUUGGCAAAACUCCAGUCGACAGAGAGGGCCAUCGCAGAGGCAGAGCGCAAGGCGUACAUUGAUCCCGCAAAAUCUGCUAUAGCUCGCGAAGAGGGCAACACUGCCUUCAAGAACGGAGACUUUGUUGGCGCUGUGAAGUUGUACGCGGAGAGCAUUAAGCGCGACCCUUCGGAUGCCAGGGGUUACAAUAACAGAGCAGCGGCAUACAUGAAGCUGAUGGCCCUUCCCGAAGCAUUGAAGGAUGCCGAAGAAGCUAUCAAGGUUGACCCCAGCUUCGUAAAGGCAUACAUUCGCAAAGCCAAUAUCCUUCACUCCAUGCGCGAGUAUACCAAGGCGUUGGAAGCACUCCAGGCUGCGGAGAAUGCUGACACAGCCAGUGCCCAUACGUCUGAAAUUCACGCCCAAGAGCUCAAAAUUCAGCAAGCACUCUUUGCCCAGCGUGCUGGGGAGACAGAGGAACAAACCCUGGAGCGUGCAAUGAGGGAUCCAGAAGUUGCUAAAAUUAUGUCAGAUCCUGUGAUGCAGCAAAUCCUCCAGCAGGCACAGGGCAACCCUGCUGCAUUGCAAGAUCACAUGAAGAGCCCCAUCAUUCGCGAGAAGAUUAUGAAGCUCGUCAAUGCGGGUAUUAUCAAAACGAGGUGA